UCAACAACUACCCGAACGCCACCUUUGGCUGAAUUAUCGCCAUCCUGCCCACCCUUCGGAGAAAUCGCCAGCUUACAGAUCGCAUCUCAACGAUUCCUGGGUUUUAUCUGCGGUGGCUUGAUGAUCGGGCCUGGAAUAGUGGCACGAUUUCAUGGACCGGGGGGCUUUUUCAAGCCGCUUGCGCACAAAGGCGCAAGACUGCAUGGGACGACGUCAGAACUUCUCGAAGGAGGUGAGGGCUGGCGAUCAGGGUUUUGGGGCUUGCUGGGUUUGCUUCUUCGUCAGGCUCGGGUCUGA